AUGAAGCUGGUGUUGUUUGCCGCCCUGGUUGCCGCGUGCGCCGCCGCGCCGUCCCGCUCCUACGCCGCCCCCGAGCAGCGCUCCAUCCAGCCGGCCACAGUCCGCAUCCUGGAGGAGUCCAGCGAGCGCAUCGGACAGGACGGCUUCGCCUUCCGCUUCCUCUCCGAGGACAACAUCUUGCGGCAGGAGGAGAGCAGGGACGGCACCGUGUUCGGCAGCUACAGCUACACGUCGCCGGAGGGCGUCGAGGUCAGCGUGCGCUACGUGGCCGACGCGCUGGGCUUCCGCGCCGAGAGCGACGCGCUGCCGACGCCGGUGCCGACCGAGUACCCGACGCCAGAGGUGCCCGUCACCGAGGCUGAGGUCAGGACCGUAGAGGUCUACUCUGCCCCCGAAACUGAGGUCAGGACCGUGGAGGUCUACUCUGCCCCUGAGGCUGAGGUCAGGGCUGAAGGGGUCUAUUCUGCCCCUGAGGCCGAGGUCAAAGCUGAGGAGGUUGAGGUCAGGGCUGAGCAGAGAUAUUUUGCCCCCGAGCCUGAGGUCAGGGCUGAGGUCAGAGCUGAGCAGAGCUAUUUUGCCCCGGAGGCUGAGGUCAGGGCUGAGGUCAGGGCUGAGGAGAGCUACUCUGCCCCGGAGCCUGAGGUGCGUGUUGAGGCGCCGGUCAGGUAUGAGCGUGUUAUCGUCGGCUACAGGCCCCGCUAUCAGUGAUGCGUAUUUAUCAUGAAUGAACCAUGCAUUGAUUUCACGAGA